CCCCCUACCACACCCGCCGAAAUUUUCCCCGAGGCACCGCUCGUUUGUCCGAUUCCCCGGGCAUGAGCCGCUACGACGACGAAGACGACGGUUUCAACCGUCAUCGUCGCCGCGGAAACAGCCCAAGCAGUUACCAAGUCGGAAUCGGCGGCGGUAGUGCCUCCGAUGGCUGCCGCGGCGCUUUUGAAAGCCCACGGCAUCAGUUCGUCCCAGACGGCGCAGGACGGGGAGGGUUCCGGCCGAUGAACGGUACCCCUGGUGGAGGGGAUUUUCAGCCGAUGGAUCCUGGCAUUGGAGGAGGUUUCCGGCAGAUGAGUCCUGCCGGAAACGGAGGCGGUGGAAGUUUUCGGCCGAUGGGCCUAAGUUGCGGCGUUGAAGGAGUUAAGCCUAGGUCGAUGGUUGGUUCUGGUGGCGGCGGAAGAGGAUUUCUGCCGACCGGUGACGCAGGGUUUCUGGCUACGGAGGGUCUAGGAAGAGGAUUCAGCAGCGGUGGCAUGGGGUUUCAGGCACCGAGCGGUGUUAGCGGAGGUUUGGAGUCUGUGUAUUAUCUGCGACCGACUCCACCACCGGUGAUGCAACAGCCUCUGUCUGGUCAGAAAAGGGGUUUCCCUUUCACCGAGAAUGGCAGUUCUCCCGGAACUGAACUUUCUGAUCGCGGAAGUUUCAUCAAGCUUUUUGUUGGUUCUGUACCAAAGACAACUAGGGAAGAAGACAUUCGCCCCUUUUUUGAACGGCAUGGAAAUGUUCUCGAGGUUACCAUGAUCAAGGAUAAGAGAACUGGAGAACAGCAAGGCUGUUGUUUUGUAAAAUAUGCAACCUCUGAAGAUGCUGAUAGAGCCAUUAGAGCAUUGCAUAACCAGAUUACUCUCCCUGGGGGAAUCGGCCCUAUUCAAGUUCGGUAUGCUGACGGGGAGAGAGAACGCCUAGGUGCACUGGAGUAUAAGUUAUUUGUUGGAUCGCUGAACAAACAGGCAUCUGAAAAAGAAGUUGAGGAGAUCUUUUCUCAAUUUGGCCGUGUUGAAGAGGUUUAUCUUAUGCGUGAUGAAUAUAGACAGAGUCGUGGAUGUGGAUUUGUUAAAUAUUCAAACAAGGAAACGGCAAUGGCAGCUAUCAAUGGUCUUAGUGGAGUUUAUACUAUGAGAGGGUGCAAUCAGCCGUUGAUUGUCCGCUUUGCUGAUCCAAAGAGAUCUAGACCUGGCGAGUCAAGAGAUAAUAUACCUGCCGGUGGACCUGGUUCAGGGCCUCGAUUUCAACCACCUGGUCCAAGGCCCUUGUCAAACUUUGGAGACCCCAAUGGAGAUGCAGUCCAUACAAAUCCAUGGAAUCCAAUGAGCUCACCAAACAUAGGUCCACCUCCUAAUACUGGGGUUCAUGUGGUUGGGACUGGCUUUCCUCCCAAGCCUGGUAGUCAAGGAACAUUGCCGUCAAAUGUGGGUGGUCCCUCGGGUGGCUAUGGUGUCCUCCCCCUUAAUCCUCUUCCAAAUACUUCAGCUUCAUCUUCUGUCACAUUGCAACAGCAAAUUCCCUCUAAAAGCCAGCAGGUAUCACCACUACAGAAGUCUGUUCAAUCUUCACAGGAUACUCCCCAUUCCAUUCAACUCCAGACUAGCAUGCCCAGUGCCCAGCAAGCCUUAAGUCAGGUAGCAGCUCCGCAGAAUCCUUACGGUUACAGCAGCCAUUUGCCUUCUCCUCAGCAAAGCAUCUCUCCCACAACGGCACCUCAAGCACCUUUGAACAUCAACCUACGACCAUUUUCAGUCUCCUCUGCACCUGAUCAAUUGCCUGCUCAUGCUCAGCAACAACAGUUGCAGCAAAUACAGCAGCCUCCUACUCAGUUAGCUCAGCUUUUGUCCCAGCAAACACAGACUCUACAAGCAACCUUCCAGUUGUCUCAACAAGCGUUUUCUCAGCUGCAGCAGCAGCUGCACUCCAUGCAGCAACCAAACCAAAGUUUAUCAGUUCUGCAGAAUAUCCAAGCUGGUCAACAGCAGUGGCCUGGAGUCGGGAUUCAGACGGUUGUAAGCACCACUGGUUCAAUGCCAGUUGGUGGUGUGCCUUCAGCUGCAUCUUCAAUCAGCCAGUCUGUCACUCCUGCCAGAUGUAACUGGACGGAGCAUACUUCGCCUGAUGGAUUCAAAUACUAUUUCAACGGUGUAACACGUGAAAGCAGGUGGGAAAAACCAGAGGAAUUGGUUCAGUUCGAGCAGCAACAGCAGCAGCAGAAUCAACCUGUACAGCAGGCUCAGACCCAAUCACAUCAGCAGGUGACACAACAACCGCAACAGGUUUACCAGCAUCAAACACAAUAUCAUGGCCAUCAGCAGUUACAGCAAUCUUUGUAUCCGUAUGCAAUGCCAGGGGUUGGUCAAAAUUCCCAGGAGUAUGGUCGGAUACAGAUACGAGGGGGAGCUGCUGCUUCAAUCGUCAAUGGAAGCACCACCCAUCCAUCAGGUACAUGAAACAUGGGCGAACUUAUGGAACUAAAUCAUGUAGGAUCGUGUAACGUGGCAGGUAAUGAUGACCGGAUUGGUCGGAAUAUCUAUGAAAUUUAGUGGGGGAUAGGUAAACGGUAAAACCACCAAGAGUCGUGACAUAAUUAAGUGGGUCAGUAAAGAGUUAGAAUAGAAUUGGCUCUCUAUCUAAUAUUGUCUGUAGAUAUUUCUUUUAAACCAAAAGUUGUAUACAGUUGGUUGGUCAUGUUGUACAACAUCUUGUUAGAAAAACAAUCUUGUAUUUUCUUUUGUUC